AUGUACAAGCGCUCAUCUACACUUACCCACCUGCGCCACCGAAUAUUUUACAGCUUGUCGCAUCCCCAACCUCCCCAAAGUGCGACCCCAGCUAUCGCGCCCACCCAUUUCCCUGCAGCCUCGGAAAAACUUUCUGGAGCGCCUGCACCCCCAGCUGCUGCAAGAUCUACCACGCCAGCUUCUCACCGCCGACUUCGUCGCACUCCUAACUUCUCGGCCACUCCUAGCCCUCGUCCCCAACAGCAACACAGUCCCCAGUCUCCGGGCCGUGUUGUCGUCACUCUUGGGCCAACUGGACACUAUAUCCUUGCUGACGAAGCUGUUGGGCGCAAACCACAUCCCACCCACCCAAAGGCCACCCGACAGCUCUCACAGGGCAAUCUUAGUUCAAGUUCCAUAGCAACCUCAGCACCAUUCACUCACCGUGUUGCGGACUCGAACCCCGAAACCGACGAGCCGAAGUCCCAUCCUGUUCUUCGCAUCUCCAAGAAUACCCAUAACGCCGUCCUGUAUGCGUUAGAAGCAACUUUGCGGGGCCCUCACACCAUCUCUAUUGAUCCGGUCGAGUGCUAUUCUCAAAUGGCAGACUUAAUGGGCGGCAGGGGUCCUGUCACCUCCAAUGGCAAUGGCACACCACCCGUUCGUGUCACUGCCGGAAGGCCCGCCGUUGGUUCGCCUUCCGGGAUCAGAAGUCCUAAGGUGAUUAUGCAGCAACGCGCAGAACGCGAAAAAGAACGCGAGAGACAACGCGAGGCCAAGCAACGAGAAGAGCAGGAACAGUUACAACGAGAGCAAGAGGCCCGGUUGCAAGAAGAAGCAGCAAGGGCAGCGGAGCAGAGAGCUGCCGAUAAGGCUGCAGAAAUGCGAAGAGCUACUGCUGGCGCAGGUUCUACCACUGGUGGAGAUCAUUCUGCCUCACGACAAGCAGCCCAGCCAACAUCCAACCGUCCCAAUGCUGAUAAUGGAGGUCGUACGGCAAGAACGACGGGUAUACCCACCAACGUUCAGGCACAGGCAUCUCAAUCAGCGCGUAACGAAGUUCCGUUGAGAGGCCCAUUAAGAACUUCGGUUCCUCCCGCAACUGGGGCCACGGCUGCCGGACCAUCUGGGUCCCAAUCACAACCCGGAGAUUAUACGCUCGGACGGGGCAGAAACUCUUUCCCACACGCGUUUGAGCGUUGGGAGACACUAUCCGCCCACUGGGAGGGAUUGACAAGCUUCUGGAUUCGCCGAUUAGAACAGAAUGCUUUAGAGAUACAAGGAGAUACCAUUGCGCAGCAGUUGUCACGACAAGUGACCGAUCUCUCGUCUGCAGGCGCCAAUCUAUUCCAUGCUGUAGUAGAACUCCAACGAUUACGCGCUUCCUCAGAGCGGAAGUUCCAGCGUUGGUUUUAUGAGACCCGCAGCGAUCUUGAGCGCAACCAGGAAGUGACGGCGAUGCUAGAAGCCGCGCUCGAGGAAGAGCGAAGAAAUAGGAGUGAUGCUAUUCGGAAAGCUGUGGAACAAGAACAAGGCUCCUCCUCUAAGCUGCAUAAGCAAUUGGCGGAAAUGCGUAAGGAGCUUACCAUCUCGAAGGAGGAGGCACGCCGUGCUUGGGAAGAGCUUGGCCGACGCGAGAAGGAGGAACGGGAUCGCACCAAGUCUCUGCAACAAGGUCGGCCCACGAUUGUUGGAGGCGUACAGGUAGUUCCCAUGACGCAAGGCGUUAGUCGAGGGAACACCCAACGUGAGCCCCGAUAUACGCAGCCUGAGAUGCCUGAAUACGCACAAUCGCCAACGCCACGUACUGCCCAUCCGGAGUAUACGCAGGCGCCUGCGGUUCAGCCCGUACCAGCCUCCAGUGGACCCAACCCUGUCUUUCAAACUCCCUCGUCCGUUCACCACCAGCAAAGCUAUGCCUCGGAGGGAACGAUGAGCGAAGAAGAAUUCGAGACACCGGCAACACAACCCAGUGCCUAUCAUGCGCCCAUCUCCGUCCCCCAGCAACCCCAAUACUCUUCCGCACCAGAUUAUACAGGUAGCGGCUACUCAUCCACCGGAUGGGAAGAGAUGCCGCAGCAUCAUCAUCCCACACGUCUAAGUGAUGUGCUCGAAGAAGAGGAAGAAAGAAGCCGCACUAGCGCGAGCCAGAUAAGCCGACACUAA